AUGAGAAGGAAUCGAACACUGUCCAUCCGCCGCAAGGAUACCGGCCGUCACCGGUUCAGCAUGAACACGUUCCGGGGCGUUCAGGCGCCCGAGCUCAGCAAGAGGAUGACCCGGAUGAUCAAACAAGAGAACUCGGCCAUCUCUGCCCAUGAGACCGCCGGUCGCGAGCGUAUCACCAUCGCCGGCCAGCUCUCCGAAUGGGGUGAGAACACCGAGGAUGAUGCCAUCUCGGACAUCUCAGACAAGCUGGGCGUACUGAUGGCGGAGGUUGGUGAGCAGGAGGAUAACUUCGCGCAGAAUUUGGAGGACUAUCGAAAUGUUUUGAAGCAGAUCCGUGACAUUGAGGCCUCGGUGCAGCCAUCGCGAGACCAGCGAGCCAAGAUCACGGAUGAUAUCCAGCGCCUCAAGCUCAAGGAGCAGAACCAUGCCAAGGUGGAGGUUCUGGAGCAGGAGCUGGUGCGGGCCGAGGCGAACAACCUCGUCGCGGAGGCUCAGCUGACCAACGUGACCAGACAGAAGCUCAAAGAAGCUUACGACAUCCAACUGGCUGCCCUCAUUGAGCGGGGAGAGAAGCAAAUCCUUCUUGCUCGUCAUGCUCGCCGCCUUCUUAACUACCUCGACGAUUCUCCCGUCGUUCCUGGCGAUGCUCGGCAGCCGUAUGAACAUGCGGAGCAGGCAAAGCAGAUCCUGGAGGCCGCCGAGAACGACCUGAAAACCUGGGAGCCCACUUCCAUUGAACCCAUCCACACCGCCGCGGGAGAGACCUCUGGCACGACGUUCUUGCCCACUGGAGCCGGUAGAAGCCAGGAGGCCCAGACAGGAUCUUCUGCGCAGCGUGAGACAAACGGCACUACGACCAGUCAGGAAUACGGACAAGCUAAUGGAGCCGCUACUCAUAUCACCGACACUGCUACAGAAGACGAAGUUAGGAGUGCAAAGCAACAAGAGCCAGCCCAUGUUUCCGGAGCUAUUGGGUCGCAGCAAAUCGCUGUUCCAUAUUGA